AUGGUGCUGCUCAAGAAGCUCGUCGGUACGGCGCAGGACAUGUGGCGUAUGCGCCGCAUGCCCACUCAAGUACGCGCCAAGGACACGCGACUGGCAUUCACCGACAUCAUAGGUGAGGACAGCCAAAAAGGCCGAUGGCUGCGAACUGGUCCUAUCCUGGAGCUGAUGGACGUGCUGGCUGGCACCAUCUCGUCUCGCGUAUCACUAGGACCCACCGCCACCAUCUCAUUCGACCGUGUGGACCUGGUUAAGCCCGUGUUCCACGGCGACUUGGUGCGCGUAGAGGGCGAGGUUAUCGGUCUCAGCAACUCGUCCAUGGCUGUGCAGGUCAGCGGCUACCGCCACGAUGUUCCCACUGGCACCUACUUUACGGUGCUGAACUUGGAUGAAAAGGACGCGUUCAAACCGAUCGACAAGGGCCUCAAAAUCGACGAAGACAACCAGCACGAGAUGCGGAUGCUAAUGAAGGCUCAGAAACGUCUGGAGUUUGCCGAAGAAGACAAGAACGUACACUCGCUGAAGACACUGGAACCCCGGUUGUGA